CAAGCGUAGCAGUUGUGUUGACGACGCUGUUCAAGAUGCACGCUUUCUGGAGUGUAUUUCUAUUACUCAUCGUAGGCGUCAGUAGUGAAUUAUGUGACAGGGGCACGGGUGAGUGCAAGCAGCUGACGGACACUGAUUGUCCAGUAAUAUUCUAUAAUCAGCAUUUGAUUGGUGCUAAUGUCAAGUACUGUGAUGAGUUUAAUGACAUCGUUUGCUGUCCCAUAUCGCUCCAUGCACAGCACAAGGCAUCAGUGGCAGAGACUCGACCUUAUGAGAAGCAAUGCAAGCAUUUCAAUGAUAUAAGACCCUCCUGUCACACGACGCCCUUCAUUGUGGGCGGCAAAAAGGCGGAGGGUCGUGAGUUUCCCUUUAUGGCGCUAAUUGGCACCAAGGAGCGCAAUAAAACCGAGAUCAACUGGGAUUGUGGUGGCACUCUGAUACAUCCCAGAUUUGUGGUCACUGCCGCCCAUUGUCUGGUGACAACUGAAACGAAGGAGCAACGUUUGGAUCCCAACUUCGAUUCGCCCAAGUAUGUGGUGCGUCUGGGUGAAUUAGACUACAAUAGCACCACAGAUGAUGCCCGGCCGCAGGACUUUAAGGUUGUCAACUAUGUGGUGCAUCCCUCGUAUGAUGAUGACGAAGAUGGCGCCUAUAAGCAUGACAUUGCCAUCAUCGAGUUGGAUAGAAAUGCGACCAUUAAUGAGUAUGUUGCACCUGCAUGCCUGCCACCCAGCAGUGGCAAUGACAAUCAGCAGCUCACAGCCGCCGGCUGGGGAUUCACCGAGGACGCUGGACACAAGUCAUCGCAUCUGCUCAAAGUAACCUUGGAACGCUUUGACGAUGAUCUUUGUAUAGCGCGUCUAAGUCUCAGCAUAGAUAUACGCACACAGCUCUGUGCGGGCAAAUUCCGUGGUCACGGAGACACUUGCAACGGUGACUCGGGGGGACCCGUUUUUGUGCAACAUCCGCAAUACAAUUGCCUCAAGAUCCUCAUUGGAGUGACCUCCUAUGGACAAGUCUGUGGCAAGCAAGGUCUGCCCAGUGUCUACACCAAGGUGCAUCUCUACACCGACUGGAUUGAGAAUAUUGUGUGGGCAGAGUGAUGCACUGCAUCCACUGCUACUGAAGCUUCUCAUUUGUUACUUAAAAUCAUUUUUAUAACAAUAAAUGAAAUAAAUAUUUAACUAAU